AUGGCAUUCUCUCGGUUCAACAAGAAAGCAUCCUCCACUGUCUCCAGCAGCCAGCCCCUGCCACUGGUCAUCGCCAACCUGACCCUGCGCUUUCUGCAAUUCAUUUUUGCCGUCGCAGUCCUUGGUCUCUACGGCACCGAACUCAGCGACGCUCGCAAAAACCACACUGGUGACUACUCUAAAUGGUCGUACGCAGAAGUCGUAGGCGUACUCUCGGCCGUCACAUGCUUGGUGUACGUGUUGCCCAAGGUGAAGAGCUGGUGGGCGUUCGGCUGGGAUCUGGUUCUAUUUAUACUAUGGGUGGCUGUCUUUGGGGUCUUUGGAAAAAUCUACAUUCAUGCAAAGCCUGUGAAUGGAGGUGUCAAGAGGAUGAAGAACGCUGUGUGGGUUGACUUGGUUAACAUGCUUCUUUGGCUGGUCACUGCAGUAGUCUCGGUAGACGGAGGUAAUCACACAAUACAUAUAAUAACCAGUGUCACUCGCGACACUACGUUUCAAGUCAAUACUGAUCUUACCAUUACCGUUGACAAUGCGCCAACCAAUCUCGAUUUUCUUACAACGUAUUUUGAUAGAAGUACUGCUAUCGAGACUAUGAACGGUGCGGGUAGCUUUACACUAAUGAUCGUCGCCUCUGAAUUGUCUCCAAAGCGCCGUCGACAAGCCGGGGCUUUCGUGAGCUACGCGGGCAGAGCAACUUCUUCCUGCACACAAGCAAGCACACUCACGUUGGCCAACAACCAGCUUUGGGUGACAUAUUCCAACGGAACUGUAGCACAAUUCUCCGCGACCACAGGCGAUACAUAUGACUAUUUCGCACCGAGUUCAACGCCUGGAGACAUUACCACCACGUUUUCUUUGAGUAAUACUGGUACUCUGCUAUGGACGAGCUCCAAGUUCUUUAAUGGAAAUGCCCUUUUCUGCGUGCUCCCCUCUGGCGUAAUCGUUGCAGUCUUUCAGCAAGGAGCACAGCCUCUAUCCUGCGUUUUCAUAGAUCUCACCGUCGCAGAACUUACCUCUUGCGUUGCUCCUUCAACUGGAAGUGCGGUCACCGCUGUGCUCGGUGGCCCAGGCCCAUUAGGGCCAAGUGGUCCACAAGGCAGCGUGGGAGCUAGUGGCGCCCAGGGAAUUCAAGGAAGCGUUGGGCCACCUGGACCUAGUGGUGCACAGGGGAUUCAAGGUGGCACUGGGGCGACAGGACCUCAAGGAGCUCAGGGAGUUCAAGGAAUCCAAGGAAGUGUAGGAUCGAUGGGAGUUCAGGGAGUUCAAGGCAGCGUUGGCCCAACAGGACCUCAAGGAGCUCAGGGAAUUCAGGGAAUUCAAGGGAGUGUAGGGCCGACUGGAGCUCAGGGAGUUCAAGGCAGCGUUGGCCCAACAGGACCACAAGGAGCUCAGGGAAUACAGGGAACUCAAGGCAGCGUUGGGCCGACGGGACCUCAAGGAGCUCAAGGAAUUCAGGGAAUUCAAGGGAGUGUAGGGCCGACUGGAGCUCAGGGAGUUCAAGGCAGCGCAGGGCCAACAGGACCACAAGGAGCUCAGGGAAUACAGGGAACUCAAGGCAGCCUUGGGCCCACGGGACCUCAAGGAGCUCAGGGAAGUGUAGGGCCGACUGGAGCUCAGGGAACCCAGGGAAUCCAAGGCAGCGCUGGACCGACUGGACCCCAGGGACUUCAAGGCAGCACUGGACCGAUUGGAUCCCAGGGGGUUCAAGGCAGCGCUGGGCCGACUGGACCCCAAGGAAUUCAGGGCAGCGCUGGACCGACUGGACUCCAGGGAAUCCAGGGCAGUAUUGGACCGGCUGGGGCUCAGGGAAUCCAGGGAAGUGUCGGGCCUACUGGUCCGCAAGGAGUUCAAGGAAAUUUAGGCCCUAGCGGACCUCGGGGAAGUACUGGCCCAAGCGGAGCCCAGGGAAUACAGGGUAGUGUAGGGCCUAGUGGAGCCCAAGGAUUGACAGGCCCUUCAGGUGCACCCGGCAUUGCAUAUGCGUACUGUAAGUCCUUCCAGAAUCCCAGAAGCGCGGGCAUGCACCCUAUCACACGCUUUCGCCAGAAAGGCAAGGUGCUGGAAACAUUGGCCACCGAAACAAUAAAAGUCCUCAAGAUUUUGACAAGAGCGGCAUCAACAACGGGGUUCUUGCGUUGUCUGACGCUUUUCUUGGAGCAUUCUGAUCAUUAG